AUGAAGCUCAACAACGUCGCCCUGCUAUCCGUCAACCUCUCCUCUGAUUCCGGCACCGACCAACCUCCAACCUACGACAUCGACAUAUUAAACAGCACCAUCACGACCAUCACACCCAACACAACCAGCUCUUCGACCACCAACAACACAUCAACACCCUCCUCCCUCCUCCUCCCAACCCUCUGCCACCCCCACAUCCACCUCGACAAGCCCUACCUACUAACCUGCAACCACCACCACCCCUCCCCACCAAACCACCCAAGCUACGCCGACCUUACCCCCCGCAGCGGCACGUUCCCCGAAGCCAUCGCCAACACCGCCGCCGCAAAGACUCGCUUCACCCCCGAAGACCUCCUGCUCCGCGGCCGCCAACUGCUCGCCACCUCGUUCACGCAAGGCGUGACCAGCGCGCGCUCCUUCGUCGAAGUCGACCACGUCACUGCGCUCAGAACGCUCGGGGUGGGGCUGCAAUUGCAGCGGGAGUUCCGGGGGAAAGUGCGGGUGCAGCUGUGCGCGUUCGCGCAGGAUCCGAUCUUCAGCUCGGAGUGGGGGGAGGAGAAUCGGAGGGUUUUGGAGGGGGCGCUGGCGGAGCAUGCCGUUGGUGCUAAUGGAAGCGGAGGCGUCGAGGCCGGUGGGGGGGUCGAGGUGCUAGGCAGCACGCCGUACGUCGAGUCCUCUCGCGACGCGAGCGUGCGGAACAUAAAAUGGGCGGUCGCCACGGCGCUGAAGUAUGGCGUGCACUUGGACUUCCACCUCGACUAUAAUCUCGACGAGACCAAGGCGCCGGAGGAGCUGGUGGUGUGGGAGGUGCUGCGGCAAUUGAAGGCGCAGUCGUGGCCGACUCGACGGCAGCAGGGUUCACAACAGAAGAGCAGGCCUCCGCGAACGGUGGUCCUAGGCCACUGCACGGCCCUCACCCUCCUGCCGCACACGCAGCUACAGCGCCUCGCAGCCGAGAUCCACGAAGCAGACCUGCCCGUCUACUUCGUCGGCCUGCCCACGAGUGAUCUGUACAUGAUGGGCCGCCCACCGGACACACCACCAGCAUCAUCAUCAUCACCUUCCUCUCGCGAAAGUGACGCCCAGCAACAACAGCAACAGCCAAUGCACCGCCCGCGCGGCACACUCAACAUCCCCCUCCUAACGCGCCAGUACGGCCUCUCCUGCUGCCUUGGCGUGAACAACGUCGGCAACGCCUUCACUCCCUUCGGCACAGGCGACCCGCUCGAAACGGCCGGAUGGGGCGUCGGCCUGUACCACGCGGGCACGGAGGCGGAUGCCUUGGCGCUGUAUACAGCCGUGAGCACCGGGGCGCGGGAGGCAAUUGGGCUGGUUGCUGCGCCAGCAGCAGGCGCAGAGGGAGACGCAGGGCGGCGGGAGGCGCAACAAGGCGUGAAAAGGGGGGAUGAUAUCGCGGCGUUUGGGAUGCUGCUGGUGCGCAAUGAGGAGUGGGUGGGGUGUCCGGGGGUGUUGGGCAUGAAGGUGCCGGCUAGACAGCGGUGGGGGGUUCGGGAUGUGGUGUGGGAUGUGCCGCGGGUUGAACUGCGGAGGGUGGUGAGGUGA